AUGUCGCGAACAGGUGCGCUCGAGCCCGGCUUGUUACGCGUACAGGGUGACGCGCAGUCCCAGAUUGUCGCCCGUGCGCGUGCACAUCCCUCGGAGAAGCGCAGAUGCAAGCACGAGGCGAGGGUCGGGUUUAUGGAGCGGAACAGCAGAACAAGACCUGCGAAGAGAAUAGAUGAGGCUCAUGCACGCAACGAAGACGAGGACGAAGAGCCUCAUCACGGUGACGGCGGCGCACAGUGA